ACCAACGGCUACACUUCUGGGGAAGAAGAAUCCGCGGCCCCCCCACCACCGACGAAUGUACCAGUAGAACCAUUCAUUCUACCGUCUACUGCUCUCUCUGCGGGGUCUGAUGCAGAGGAAACCAUUCUAUAUCCAAAUGCGCAGACCCGCGCUGCUUCGAACUCCAUUCAGACUUCUACAAAUGGAGUACAGAGUAGGAUUAUAGCAGCAGCGGUGCAGAUGAUCUUUGCAGAAAGGUCAUCUCGCGCGUUCAUUUCGCCGCAGGAAGUGGAAAUAAUGCAGGAGGGGGCGGCCAAAGGUCUACUGGAGACCCUUGUCAAAUACACGUAA